UUCUGUAUCUUCUUCCUCUGGUUCUCCCCCCUUCCCUGCCAUGGCCUGAUCUUCCAAAUCAAUGGCUUGUAGUUAGAAUCAGUGAGCAAUUCAACUUUGUACUAGUGUGUUGCUAACAAUUGGUAUUCAGAGCCAAUCGAUUCCUCCACGCAAAAUCCACAAAAUUCCCAAAUUCGAGCCCAACUAAAUUUUGACAUCGGAGGGCUUCGAUCUCCAGCCAUGUCGCGCGGCUCAGCUUGGGCUGCCCGCCGUGAACGAGCAGUCGCGUCGGUGGAGGAACUGGAGCAGCGACUCCUUGCCGAGUGGACGGACCACGGCUUCAGGGCUCGUACCGAGUGGGAGGACAAUCGGGCACGGCGUCGCGCCGAGUUUGGCGUUUGUAUUACAGCAAUCGCGGCGCAGGUGGCUUCAGAUGUGUCAGCGGUUGUAGCAUCGGAGGUGUCGGCUGCCGUUGCAGCAGCGCUACAGGCUGCGCGCGCGGGGCACCACGAGUACCUCGACCAUGCGCCGACGACCACAUCGACCCCAACUGUGUCUAUGGCAGACGACAAUCCCUCUGUUCCUGAUGCAUCUAUUGUGGUCUCUACUCAGAGAUCGACAUCAGCCUCCGCACAGUCGCCAACGUUCUCGCUGCCUGGACGCCCACCAAGUGUUCGAUGCAAUGCCCAAUCCGUACCAUCACCUUGUUGGUGUCAGCGACCGCUCCCGCUGCAACAUCAGCUUCGUCCAAGGUUACCGUCGACACCGUCCCCGAACCCUGCUUUCUUGAUCUCGAGCCAUCCCUCGAGCUUGUCACAACGCCACCCAAGUGUUCGACAGAAGGUUUGAAUGGCGACCCCUUGGUCAUGCCUGAGCAGCAGGACCACUAUAAGGAAUAUGCAAAUUCAGUACAAGAUGCCAGCAUUCCCUGUGUGCUUCCUGUCAUUGUGGUUUGUGAGUUUCCUGCAUCUCCCAACCUCCAGCUCCUUCAUUGUUGAUUUGCCUGAACUGGUUACUACACUAGUUUGCUUGCCAAUAUUGCCUUGGGAUGGAAACAGUAUGCGGCUGCCAUCUGAUCAAUUAUAUGGGCAGAAGAGUAACAUCCGACUACCGGAACACGAUAUGCAUGGGGGGAUUCUGACUGCUUGUGGAAGUACUGUAUUUCAAUGCAAUGUACAUCUGGGAACGAUCCAUGGCAGUUUUGGGAUUGACAAGUUGCAGAGUGGCAUAUCAAUCAAAGCUUGCUGCCCCCAAUUAAAACCUGAACCAUAUGAAGUUACUUGUUGUUCUGCUAUCAGUCUUGCAUUGCAUGCAACAAGCUACUCUUCUGAAAUUUGUGUCCAAGUUCUUGCUGAGAAGAGGAAAUUGUCUUGUGAGCUCUUUCAACCUAGAAUGUUUUGGCCAUACAAGCAGAUAAUUGGUACCCUGGGAAUGCUCUCAUCUGGCGAGGACUUUGAGGUCGGAACUUAUUUUGCAUUCGAGAUGGUAAGCCAUAAUGGUGAAUGGGGCUCUGACCUUGUGCAAUGGAAAAUUGCUUGGCCCAUCUACCUUGCAUCAGCGGAGUCUUGGUUUCCGCCUGGUUUUGCUGGAUGUGAUUCGUUAAUUGGUUGUGACCAUGUUCAAUGGACCAUUGCCUGGUCUCUCGGCUCUUUCCCUGUAUCAAGUCCUCGGACUCGAUCAACAUGUGUCAUUUUCUUGGUGCAGCAUAAUUGUCUACCCAGCUACCAAGGCACCUGGUUCAGUUUUAUGACAGUAUUGUUUGCCAUCCCUCAAUUUGGUGUUGGAGGUAUAUUUUUUCUGAUCAUGAACAAUUCCAGUGGGUAAUUGCAUGGCUCUAUUUGUUGGUGUGUUCAUCUGUAUGCAGCAAGCGUCAUGGCCUUGCCGAGAAUUCUCAACGGCCAAGUGCAGAAUUUGGAACACUGACAAGCCAAUUUAUUCAGUGUACUUUUAAGCUUCACCAAUUGAAAAUUGCGUGGAUACCAGACUGGGAUUAUUUAAAAAAUUCUAGUGUGAAGAUCAAGGAAUUAUUGCUUCCUUACACGGAAUAAAUUGGGAAGAGCUGCAGCCACCAACGGAUACAACUGAGAAGGGACUUUCAGGGGCAUUUCCUUUGCCUGUGCAGACAUAUGGGUUUGGCAUGAGCUCGACUCGAGGACGAGCCAAAAUUCACUGUGAGAGGAUUGUUAGUGGCCAAGUUCACUAUUCCUAUGAGCUCUCUGUUCCUGACAAUUUAUAUCUGAAAAUUUUGGUAGACUUCCCUACCUUGGAGCUAGUGAGCUGUAAACUCCCACAGGAAUCGCGUCCGAUUUGGGAGCCAGUGAGCUCUGAAGGCGUGACAAGUAUGGUAGCAUUUGAGUUCUUUGCUUAUGUUACCAUAUCGAGCUCCCGCAGUCUGGAGUUUUGUCAAAGGAAGUUUUCAUGGGAUCCAAGCAUCUGGGCACUCCUAUGUUUAUUUGGAUUGCUCAUACAAGCUAAAACAGCAGGGAGGAGGAAUAUUGCAGAUCCAGCUUACUACCGAAUCCACUGCCUCGACCAUGCUUACUACUUCAACCAAGUUCAUGUUAACCAACACUACUACCUUGACGAUUUCUGUGACCAAAUGAACCUCAGCGACGACUACUUCCUUGAGCAAGUCGGAAUCGUCUGGUAUCUCAACCUUGCCAAGUUUCGCCUCAACUACGGCACCCACUGUGACCUCGGCGAAAUCAUGAAGCAUCAAGUACCAUGGAGCUUCGCCAUGGCAUCGGCUUGAGGUCAAGCGCAUUUUAAGGAGUGGGGAAUGUUAGCAAUCUGGGCCUUGCUGGGCUCUCGACCACUGGCCAGCCCACGAAGGAAACGCACUACAUAUAUAGAGGAAGGCCUCUACGAACAAGUUGGCUAGGAACUGGACGGCUUCGGCCUCCUCCGCUUUUGUAUCUUCUUCCUCUGGUUCUCCCCCCCUUCCCUGCCAUGGCCUGAUCCUCCAAAUCAAUGUCUUGUAGUUAGAAUCAGUGAGCAAUUCAACUCUUUACUAGUGUGUUGCUAACAGAUUGAACCCUACAUGCUCGCCAGUCGCCACAACCUGCGUGAUCCAUGCCAUCCCAUGGCGCUGCGUCGG